AACACAGCGAUCAAAAGUGGUAAAUUUACAAAUCGCGAACCAAUCGACCGCAGCAACUUGAAUUCCCUUGACUAUCGAAAGCAAUCCUUAAUUUCGGCCAUUUCUUCCAGCCUGUGUACCUGCCAGCCGGUAUCGCGUUUGUAUGACAACCACUGCAAAGGUCUGUGGCUGCCCUGUUCGUUACUGCCGCCGUUGCUGCUGUUGUUAUCGUCAUCGGUGCUGCCGCAACUGCUGCUGCUGACACGGCAUAAAUGUUAAGAUACCGAUCAGGGCGCGUUCUGCGGUGCAACGGGAAGUAAACGGGAACGGCAGGGACAUCCUCGGGCGAUCGAGACCGCGCGAACACACACGACGAUGGCUAGCAGCAACAAUGCCAUCUACAUCCGGCAGCAGAUGUCGGCCCUGCUGGGCAGUACGUCGACUUCGAUCAAGUUCAUCUGCAUCGCAACGCUGGUCGGGUAUAUGAUUUCCUUCUCCGAGCGCAUCUCCGUACUGCUGUGCGUUACGCCCGGCUAUCUGAUGCCACCGACGUUCUGGGUGUGGACCAUCUUUACCUACUUCUUCAUCGAGCAGCACUACUGGGAGGUGCUGGUGGACCUGGUAACGGUGGGGCUGUGCGGCAAGCUGAUCGAACCGUCCUGGGGCCAGAUGGAAAUGUUGCACUAUUUUGCCAUCACCAACACGGGGGUGGCCAUCCUGACCAGCUUCUACUAUCUGUUCUACUCGAUGAUAACCAAAGAUGCGGAGAUUCUAUUUAACGUUCGUAUUUACGGGCUUGCUGGAAUGAACGCAGCAAUAAGUGUAGCCGUUACGCAGAUAAUGCCCGACCAUCUAAUAGCCCGAACGCCGCUCGGUAAAUUCUCCAACCGAAACGUGCCGCUGACCGUUGUCAUAGCUGCAAUUUUGCUAUGGGCUUGCGGGCUACUAGAUGGCACAUACCCGGCAAUGUUUGCAUCGGGUCUGUACGUGUCCUGGGUUUAUCUGCGCUUCUAUCAGCGACACUCGAAUGGUACGCGGGGUGACAGUGCGGAGAACUUCCGCUUUGCAAGCUUCUUCCCGAACGUGCUGCAACCAUUCAUAGCGGUCAUUGCCAACCCGGUGUAUCUGGGCUGCUUGCGAAUAGGGCUAGUGAAACGGUUAAGUCCGCAACAGUCAAACUCUUCGUCGCUACAAUCGGUCAGCGUACAGUUGCCGGGGGUAGAUCCGCACGAUAUGGAAAGGCGAAGGCAAAUUGCGCUAAAAGCACUCAGCGAACGGUUGUCCAAAACGACCGAUUCUAGUCGUCAGAACACCGUCCCGAAGUCAUUCCCGCAAACUACCACAGGAAAGCAUCACCAUCAUGGGCACCACCAUGGUCACGGGCAUGGACACAGCCAUGGACAUAGUCAGCACCAGCAGCAGUUUGGUGGGUUGCCACCGUUCCAGGGUUUCCCUAUGACGGUGGAUCGUCCAGCGAUAGCGCUACCUCCGCCACCUUCGAUGAUCGCGUCGACCAGCAGUAGUGGUAGCAGCAGUGGCAAGCCUCUUGCUGGCUCAUCCUUGCCCAGCGCGACCAGCACGACGAGUCUACCGUCCACUGCACCAGUGACGGGCUUGCCCGCGUCCUCUUCUGUUUCUUCGAACCUGAUCAAUCUGGACGCAGUGGACGCAAGUGGCAGCAGCAGUAGUAGUACCGGUGUACCUCCCGGAGGGCCACCAACGUCCACAAUGUAAGCGGUGUAACGUUACAGCCCCAUUUCGCACCCUUCCGGUCACAACAACUCUAGUACCAUAACAAGCCUUCGGCAUAGCUUUAAGCGUUGUUUCUGUUUCGUAUUUGUUUAUUUUGCCCAUCCUCCCUCCCCCCCCUCCCCCAUAUAAUACCUUCGUGGCGUAUCGAGUGUGUUUGGCGUAGAAGUUUUCUUUCCCGUUCUGGACCAGUGAAAAGGGGAAGCUGAGACAAGCAUACCCUUGAAUUUAGGAGCGAUUUGAUUUCAAAAUUUACCAAUAAUUAUAACACAAUGUGCAAACAAUUGUGCUUUUCAAAAACUAGUGAUCGUACCCGUCUAUAUUCUACGGCUUUGAUUAAUGCAAUUUAGUGAUGUGAUGGCGAAAGGAGUUGGUAGAAAGAGAGAGCGUGGCAACGUUGGUAGAUGAUAUUAUUAUUAUUGCAGCGUUCGAUGGUCGAUCUUAUUCUUCACAAUCCUCUCAGAUUUAUCUGACAAAAACCAAGCGACAAAGAAAUGAAAAUAAAACAAUAACAAUUGAGUCAAAUAAA